AUGGAUAUGCAAUUUUGCGCUUCGUCGAAUUUCGGCCCUGUCUUCAACUUCUCCCAUGGACAGGGGACCGCCAUGCAUUAUCCGGAAGGCCAAUACCCUGUUUAUACCGGCUUUCCCGGACUGCAAUACGUGUAUGCGUCACAGCAACAACAACCUAAUGACUACCCUCCCGAUCGUGGUUCUCUGAACGACGGUAAAACGGAAUCCAAACCUAGAUUAUCCAAGGAGGAAGUGGAGCGAUUAGAAAAGGUCUUCCAAGAUAACCCCAAGCCCUCGAGUUCGGUCAAAGCUCAACUUGCCGACGAGCUGGGCCUUGAACGGCCAAGGAUCAAUAACUGGUUUCAGAAUAGGAGGGCGAAGGCGAAGCAAGAGAGGAAGCAAGAGGAGUAUGAGGCCCGUAGAGCGGCUGAAAAUCCUGGCUCUGAACCCGGCUCGCCAUUAGAUGCUUCUUCAGGCGCCUCCGAGUCGGUUGAUCAUGAUCACCACGAACGGAUAAAGCCUUCGUCUGCCUUGUUUCCUGAUCUUACCUUGCCGACCACCUCAGGUCAUUCCCUGGGCAGUAGCGUAGCAUAUGAUGAGGAUGCAGCGGGCGAUGCAGAGGCUUUUGAUUCGCGAUACCCGCCUCAAGCUGCCGACUCAACCCCGGAUGAUAAGUCCGUUGACUUGCAAUCGCCAUUGUCAUUGAACUUCUCUCAACCAGAUGACCUGAGCUACGCACGACCCCAGAUGGCCCAGGGCUUCCUGACUUCAUCAUCCAUACACAACUACAACUCGUAUGGAUUCCAACACCACCAUUCGGCCGAACAACUCGGUCAGCACCGAGAUGUCAACAACUUGGCCCACGGAUUACCAUCUCCCGAGGAGCAGGCCGCAGCUCCUCACUACUCAGCUACCCACUAUCACCAGAUGGCUGGAGCGGACUACUCAAGCUCAGCAAUACCCUACUUCCAAUCUGAGUCGCCAUUGGGUGAGCACAACCUGGAAGACCACCAUAGCAAGGAGAAUGCGCGGCAAGUUGGAUCGAAUAGCCCAUGCUUGCCCGAAGAGUCCAUGGCGUCUUCAACUGUUGAUGGUCUUUCCACACCGACGGAUUCAUUCAAGUCCCCCCCACCUCCAGCCAACAUCGCAUCGCGGCGCAACAUUGCCAGACCCGCGGCGCUGCAUGUCGGUUCACUGAGAGGGCGGUCCUACAACCUUGGUGGCGGACUCAAGACGGGCAUGGACGGGCUGCGCCGAAUCGACCCAACAAGUCCUGCUACUGCAAUGCGUAGAAUCGUUUCGGCAGGCGGGAACAUGGCCGGCCGCAUUCAGAAACAGAGCAAUGGGCCGCGCUCUCCUCUGUUCUUGGGCCGAAGCACUGAGGCCUAUUUGCAAUUCCAUUCCCGCUCUCCCGUCGGGAUACUCAGCGCUGCACUUUCGGGAACCACCCCUCCCACCCCGAUGACACCUGCAGUCAUGAAUCAGGGAGGGCGCGAGCCAACCGUUUCAUCCACUUGUUCCGAUGACGAAGCCUUUAUUCUUGGGCAUGGUUUCUCAGGCAUCGAGUCGCUAAAGACGCCCCCAGAGACUCCUGCGUUGAUCACCAACCUCGGCGCGCACAACUUCAGCGCACACCAAUUCGGUACCGGUGUCGACUUUUCUCCUGAUCAGCCACUACUCACGCCAUAUUUCCAGAGCGAGUUUCCCGACCUGACACUUCGCCAUGUGCCGAGUUAUGUCGACAUGAGUGACAACAGCCUCCCGUCAACGCCACUCUAUCCCAACAUGAUGAAUGCAGCGGCACAAGACUCGAGUAACCUUGCUGCCUCAGGGACACAGUAUGACUGGGACACGAAUGAAUCCAUAACAUCGUCGAAAUCAUCCCCUGGUCAACCUCGCUCCAGACAGAUUCAGUUCACACAGAACAUCACUCCUCAAGACUACAACACCAGUGUUGUGCAUGAGAGGUGA